UUCGUCAUGAUUACAGAUACUCCAAAACUCCCCGAAGAAGCUCAUCACAAAAACAAUCCGUCUAUAGACUGAAAGAAAUAGGUAACCCUAAUUGGUAUUGAUGCCACAAAAUCUAUGGAAAUCCUGCGGUUUCCUCAACCUCAAACCUUACGCCAAAAGAAGAAUUUCGGGAAACUCCACUGUCGCUAUGCGUUAAUGAAAACCGUAGCCGGUGGAUAUAGCCAUCUGUUAUGCAUUACUGAUACAAUGACGGAAAUUCGCUAUCUCGUUGAUACCGGUGCAGAUGUUAGCGUCCUUCCUCGGAAUAAUAACAGUCGUCUACAAGAGUCAGUCUUUAAUUUACAAGUGGAGAACGAAAAACCGAUCACCACGUUUACCUUAACGCGGGUCUACGCAAACCUAUGCGAUGAAUUUAUGUUGUUCCAGACAACCAAUGCCAAUCCUUGGUAUGGUUCUGCUACAGCACCAUGACCUACUCAUCAACCAAAGCAAACAGAAGCCGGUGGACGAAACAUUUAAUUUAGCCCCCAAAUGCCCUGGUACGGCCGAGAGUGGGGAGAGUCCGCUCUCCCUCCCGAAAUGCUCUCACACGGCCACGCGUAUACAGCCCCUGCCAGGGAAGUCCUACUCA